GCAAACAACUAUUGUAAUGGCUCCAGCAGGUCAGGAACAAACAACUGUGUCUGCGGGACCUAUUGGCCCUGAAGCGACUGAUGGAAUGCCAACAGAUGUUCAACAGCAAACAACUAUUGUAAUGGCUCCAGCAGGUCAGGAACAAACAACUGUGCCUGCGGGACCUAUUGGCCCUGAAGCAACUGAUGGAAUGCCAACAGAUGUUCAACAGCAAUCAACUAUUGUAAUGACUCCAGCAGGUCAGGAACAAACAACUGUGCCUGCAGGACCUAUUGGCCAUGAAGCGACUGAUGGAAGGCCAACAGAUGUUCAACAGCAAACAACUAUUGUGAUGGCUCCAGCAGGUCAGGAACAAACAACUGUGCCUGCGGGACCUAUUGGCCCUGAAGCGACUGAUGGAAUGCCAACAGAUGUUCAACAGCAAACAACAAUUGUGAUGGCUCCAGCAGGUCAGGAACAAACAACUGUGCCGGCGGGACCUAUUGGCCCUGGAGCGACUGAUGGAAUGCCAACAGAUGUUCAACAGCAAACAACAAUUGUGAUAGCUCCAGCAGGUCAGGAACAAACAACUGUGCCGGCGGGACCUAUUGGCCCUGAAGCGACUGAUGGAAUGCCAACAGAUGUUCAACAGCAAACAACUAUUGUAAUGGCUCCAGCGGGUCAGGAACAAACAACUGUGCCGGCGGGACCUAUUGGCCCUGGAGCGACUGAUGGAAUGCCAACAGAUGUUCAACAGCAAACAACAAUUGUGAUAGCUCCAGCAGGUCAGGAACAAACAACUGUGCCUGCGGGACUUACUGGCCCUGAAGCGACUGAUGGAAUGCCAACAGAUGUUCAACAGCAAACAAGUAUUGUAAUGGCUCCAGCAGGUCAGGAACAAACAACUGUGCCUGCCGUACCUAUUGGCCCUGAAGCGACUGAUGGAAUGCCAACAGAUGUUCAACAGCAAACAACUAUUGUAAUGUCUCCAGCAGGUCAGGAACAAACAACUAAUUCUGCGGGUCCUAUUGGAACUGAAGCGACUGAUGGAAUGCCAACAGAUGUUCAACAGCAAACAACUAUUGUGAUGGCUCCUGCAGGUCAGGAACAAACAGCUGUGCCUGCGGGACCCAUUGGCCCUGAAGCGACUGAUGGUAUACCAACAGAUCUUCAACAGCAAACAACUAUUGUAAUGGCUCCAGCAGGUCAGGAACAAACCCUGUGCUGCUGA